UUUACCCAAAACUACUACUAUAAAGGUUCUUCUCAUUGAGGCUCAAAGUGCAACCAUUCACCACCAACACAACAAAUUCGUUUUUUCUCUAACAAAGCUUUCACCUUCUGGUGCCAAACUCUUCAAGGUAGUUUGGCAAUGGAAAGAAAAAGGGGUUCAACUAGCUCUGCUAGUCCUACCAGAAAAGGCAAAAGGGUAGCAGUUGCCAAUGAAGUUGAUAAUGAGCCAGAAAGUCAACAACUUAGGGUUUCUUAUGAUGAUCUUCCAUCCCACAUCACUGCUGACAUUCUGCAAAGACUUCCCUUUAAAUCUGUUUGCAAAACUUGGAAAGCUCUGAUCAUUUGUAAAUCUGUUUGCAAAAGUUGGAAAGCUCUGAUCACAGGCCCACAUUUUGCCAAAUUAUUGUUUCAGCAUGCACCAGCUGGUUUGAUGAUUUGGGCCAGGGAUAGGAAACUGUCAAGAACCUUGUACCUUCUUGAGUGUGAUUCUGAAAAGUUGGGAAAUGAUGAUGAGGGCCAAUUCUGUUGCUGUGAGGACUCUUGUAUCAAACCUGAAUGCAACUGUCACUUUAAACUUGAGCAUAAACUCAAGCUUCCUCUUCGUGGUGCCGAACUAGAUUUCGACAAAAGAGAUGAGACCGCUCAAAGGGGCGGACGAAGGAUUUAUAAUUCGCUUCCUAAUAUUCAUCGUGCCAAAAUAGAUGAGUUUGCUGUGGUGAAUUCUUGUAAUGGCUUGCUUUGCUUGUCUGAUCUGGACAGAAACUAUUUUGUAGUUUGCAAUCCAGUUACAGGUGAGUUCAUAAGACUUCCAGAACCUACCAGAAUUUAUAAAUAUGAUUUUCGCAUUGUAAAUGUGGGUUUUGGUUUCCAACCCAGAACUAAUGAAUAUAAGGUGGUAAGAAUGUUCAGGGGACACCCCACGUUGCAGGACAAUAAUAAUCUUAUUAUCGGAGUUGAAAUUCACACACUAGGAACAUCAACAUGGAGGAAUGUUGAAGUUGAUCAUAGGACAGAUCCCUUUCUUGAAUGUCCUACAUGUGUGAGUGGGGCACUUUAUUGGAUCUGUUAUGGUGACGAGACAGAAUUGUCCAUAUUGUGUUUCAACUUUGAAAGCGAGAGUUUCCAAUCCUUCCCUUCUCCUGCUGGUUUAUGUUUAAAUGAUGUCACCAUGGGAGAAUAUGGGGGCUCUCUUUACAUAUGUAACUCAUCUUCUACAGGGGGUCACAUUGAAAUGUGGAUUAUGAAGAAAAAUGGUUUCGAAGAAUCAUGGACUCUUGUUAUCAGUAGUGAUAUAUUGAGCAGGCCUGAUGGUAGUUUAGAUUUGCCAGUACUAAAACACCCUAAGAAUGAUGCUGCUAUAUUGAUCUGUCGUUCUGGCGAUCGCUUUGUCUACUAUGAACCUGAAAAGAAUGGAUUCAAAAUUUUUAAGGUUCGUGGGACUCAAUCAACAUUUGAGGCUAUUCCUCAUAUUCCCAGUCUUAUCUCAUUGAAAGAUGUUGUGCAAGGAGACAAUAUUGAGGUGAUGUAUGCCCACUCAAGGCGUGAAGAGUUGAAAUUGCAAGAAGAAGAAGAUGUUCCUUUCUUGGCUAAAGUGAAUGAAUUGACAACUUUGUGCUAUGAAUCCUCUGAUGAUGAUGAAGAAUAGGUUGAAGAGUACACCUUCUUACAAGUACUGGCCUUAUAACAAGAACUGAAAGGAAAGAAAGGAAAGUCGAAGAAGGAGAAAGAGAAGCAGAGGUAGAAGGUGAAGGAAGGAAGCGUUAGUGUUCGACGGCGGGAACGGUGGCCACAACGACUUAGGUGAACGACGCGAUGACCCAGAACCA